AUGCUUUACUCGUACCAAGAAGUGAUCAGUGGUUUUGCAGCUAGACUCACUCAGGAGGAAGUGAGAGCAAUGACGGAGAUGGAUGGCUUUGUGGCAGCACAUCCCGAGAGAGUAUUUCAUCGGAAAACUACACACACACCCAACUUCUUGGGGCUGCAUCAACAGACAGGUAUAUGGAAAGAAUCCAAUUUCGGGAAGGGAGUGAUCAUUGGAGUACUGGAUGGUGGAAUUGAGCCCAACCAUCCUUCAUUUAGUGGUGCGGGAAUUCCCCCUCCACCUGCAAAAUGGAAAGGGAGGUGUGACUUUAACGCAUCAGACUGCAACAACAAAUUAAUUGGUGCAAGGGCUUUCAAUCUUGCAGCUCAGGCAUUGAAAGGAGAUCAACCCGAGGCACCAAACGAUAUAGAUGGACAUGGGACCCACACAGCAAGCACAGCUGCUGGUGCAUUUGUGCAGAAUGCUGAUGUGCUGGGAAAUGCAAAAGGUACAGCAGUUGGGAUAGCACCUUAUGCUCACCUGGCAAUAUACAAAGUGUGCUUCGGAGAACCCUGUCCCGAGGCCGAUAUACUAGCUGCACUUGAAGCGGCUGUUCAGGAUGGUGUUGAUGUGAUCUCAAUCUCUCUUGGCGAAGCUUCAGUUCCAUUUUUCAAAGACAGUACUGCAAUAGGCUCAUUUGCAGCAAUCCAAAAGGGAAUAUUUGUAAGUUGUUCAGCUGGAAAUUCUGGCCCAUUUAAUGGCACUCUUUCUAAUGAAGCCCCCUGGAUUCUAACAGUCGGAGCAAGCACCAUAGAUAGACGUAUUGUAGCCACAGCAAAGCUUGGAAAUGGAGAAGAAUUUGAUGGCGAAUCUCUCUUUCAGCCAAAAGAUUUCCCUUCAACAUUGUUGCCACUUGUUUAUGCUGGAGCAAAUGGUAAAGCAGAUUCUGCAUUGUGCGCUGAAGGAUCCUUGAAAGGUCUCAGUGUUAAAGGUAAGGUAGUUUUGUGUGAACGAGGUGGGGGAAUAGGAAGAAUUGCCAAGGGAGAGGAAGUGAAAAAUGCUGGAGGUGCUGCCAUGAUUCUUGUGAACGGAGAAACCGAUGGCUUCAGUACAUCAGCUGAUGUUCAUGUUCUUCCUGCAACACAUGUGAGCCAUGCAGCUGGACUGAAGAUCAAAGCGUAUAUAAAUUCAACAGCAACACCAACAGCGACAAUCUUAUUCAAAGGAACUGUCAUCGGAGACUCAUCUACUCCUGCCGUUGCUUCCUUCUCUUCAAGAGGCCCCAGCCUGGCAAGUCCAGGUAUUCUGAAACCAGACAUUAUUGGACCAGGCGUAAGCAUUCUUGCUGCAUGGCCAUUCCCUGUGGACAACACCACAAAUUCAAAAAUCAAUUUCAACAUAAUUUCUGGAACUUCAAUGUCAUGCCCGCAUCUCAGUGGAAUUGCAGCUUUGCUCAAGAGCUCUCACCCUUACUGGUCACCAGCUGCCAUCAAAUCUGCUAUAAUGACUUCUGCUGAUCUUCUAAAUUUGGAAGGAAAACCAAUUCCCGAUGAAACACUUCAGCCCGCAGAUGUCUUAGCCACCGGUGCAGGCCAUGUCAAUCCAUCAAAGGCAAAUGACCCAGGAUUAGUAUAUGAUAUUCAACCUGAUGAUUAUAUCCCUUAUCUUUGUGGCUUGGGCUACAAAGACGAUGAAGUAAGUAUCCUUGUGCACAGACCAACAAAGUGCUCAAAGGUAUCAAGCAUACCUGAAGGAGAGCUGAACUACCCUUCAUUUUCUGUCACACUGGGACCAUCUCAGACAUUCACACGAACUGUGACAAAUGUUGGUGAGGCAUAUUCAUCUUAUGCAGUCAAGGUUACUGCACCAGAAGAAGUCUAUGUGAGUAUCAAUCCCAAAACACUUUACUUCUCAAAGGUGAACCAGAAGCUGUCGUAUUCAGUGACAUUCAGCCGUAUUGGUUCAAGAGGCAAAGCUGGUGAAUUCACUCAAGGAUUUCUAACAUGGGUUUCUGCUAAACACGUCGUUAGGAGUCCAAUUUCUGUUAAACUCCAGUAA